UCCAGCCGAUUCAAGACAUUCCAGAAGAAAGCCUUCUCUAAGCCAAUCUCCUUGUCCAAGUCCUCCUUCGAUGCAGUCGGCCGAUCGACUAUCUGUUGCGCCUGCCAGUCCUUCAGUCCGUCCAACAUCCACAACACCGCUGCUUGGUAUCGACCGCCAACCUCCCCUGCCAAUUCCCUCCUACAAGUGUCCACGACAAGCCUGGAGAAAUCCUGAAGUUCAAGUGCAUGCUUGGUCUGGUCGAACUCCGUAAACAUUGACUCAGGAUUAUUGCCACCCUUUAACACAUCUAUUGGUUCCCAGAAGGCGAUUUCUGCCAGUAUGAUACCCAAUGCAUAGACGUCAAAAGAUCGCUUGAACCUUGUUCUGGCUUCUGGCCGUAAAGGAUGGACAUAAGGCAGUUCUUGCCACACCCACUUGUUCUUGCGCCACCUCUCGACACCUUCGCUGUGUUGAGUCUCAAACUGAUCGUCAUACCUUGCUGUUUGCCAGCCAACGAUAGUCGGUUGGGAUAAGUCUACCUGGAUUAUAUCAUCUUGAUCUCGGCGACGAAAGAAAAUGAUGUUGCUCAUCUUCUUCGCUAAUCGGAUUCUAUCCUCCAGAUCGGGUAUUGUAGCGUCGAUGUCAUGGAAGUUGUUCCUGAGCAGGUCGUUGAGCGUUAUAGGUUCCCCAACAGAAUCCGAUGGCAGCUGAAAGACCAAGCCCAUAGUCAAAUCAUCGGGCAUAACGAAACCAAGGCACUGAAGGACAAAGUGGGCGUUCGCAGUCGUUUCAUUUCGGAAAAAACGGCCAAGCUGCUCACGCCUGGCGUCUAACGCCAUUUGCAAUUGUUCGUUACUCACAGUCUCGUCGUAUGAUCUCCACUCUACAAAAACCAGCUGCUCGCUGGGUUCCAGUUGCGAGUCAUGAUUCCCCGUGUCCUGUGGAUAUGUACGGUCUUGGAUGUUCGACUGCGGCAGUCGGGAUGUACCUACUAUGCUGGGUUCAGACUUAACCACCUGAUCAGCCAGAGGGCUCUUGAGUGUCUCGAGGGAGAACCCCUCUUUCCUGGUCCCUAACUUGAUGAAUCUUUCCUUUUUGAUUUCCAUCGAGGUAGGCAUGCCACGGUGGUUUUCAUCAUCAUCCCAUGGUUCUUCUAUUCGUUUCGACUCAUAAUUCCGAUGAGGCACCGUGUUAUUAUGUAUAACUUCGGCAACGGUCUGCCGUUUCCUUAUAGGAGCUACUUCCAACUCUGCAGACCCGGCGUUGAAAGCAAUUGGCAGAUACGCUGCAUCAUUGUCGGUUGGCGAUAAACCCUCUUCUGACAGCACCUCAGCUACCAACACUUGUCCAAGCUUGAGCCUUUCCUGUCGUGGCAAUAACUUAUCAAGCCCAUCGUUCAGACUUGUCAAAGAUGUGAGAGUCGACUCGAACUGUGCUUUGUCUUUAACUGCCCACUUCAUCUUGGUGACAGUGUUUCGCUUAAUCUUAGCCUGAAUGGCGAUCAUGUCCAGUUCGGGGAUGACGCCAUUUCCUGAGAUCGUCGCCAGUGGUACCGGUUGAGUCCCAGUGUAUUUGGUAGACAAUUCUUGCGCGUUCUGUAGUAUUUGCUGAACUUGCUUCAAGAUAUCCGUGAUUAGGUCUUGGAUUCCCGGCAUCUCUAGCAGAUCAUCGAGAGUUUGGGGGCUCUUGGAAGGGCUGAGAUCAUUGUCGGGUUUUAACAGCCCCCAAAAUCUGCCCCAGAGCGUCAAACGGGAUUCUUCAAUCCUGUAUCUGAGUCGAAGAAUGGUAGCAUCUUUGUCGAGGUCGAUCAUAGUGCACACGAAUCGAUAGCCGUGAACGCAUGUCUGGAUGAGCCCGGGAAGGCCGAUUGCUAGGGAAGCUGGAUCCAUGCGAUGCAAACAACUGAUGUAGCGGAUUAGAUGAAUGGUCGUGUGCUGCAGUGCUGACGGUUGCGGGAGGGAAAGUUUCAGAAUCGCUGGACCUGAUGAUAAGAAAUCGGUCACCCAUUCUCCAUAAAAUUCGUAUAUUUCCUUGGCAGCAAAAUAGCCUUGUUGAGGGCUGUACACGUCUAGGAUGCAGGUGGUGCAGGAAUGCUAACCCCAAAAGUGGCGCCUUUUACCCUUGGCGAUGUGGGGGCUGAGGGCAUGUUGCGCAAGUCUGUAUGCCCUCAUAGACUACCAAAAUUUUCACAAUUCCAACCCGAAAACGCUCAGCUCUUUCAUUGCAGUAAGCACCUCGUUUCACAAUUCCUUGGUGGCCAUGGACUCGUUCGCCCAAGAGUGGCAAAACACGACGAGCGACGUACGUGGAAGACAAAGACGGCGAGCUCGUCGCUAUGCGAGAGUGUCACCGGAAUGUGACGCAAAUGAAUCUUUGACCAUCCCCAGGGGGCGCUCACGACGGAGGGCAAAGCGUCAAACUCGACAGAACUGCCUGGAUAAUGGCCUGCCGCGAGUUACAAGGCUUCUCUCGCCAACCACACAAAGACAACUGCCGACCGCCAAAAACCUCGCUGAUCCCGACUCAAGUAAUGGCCCGGGGAAACACCGCAUAUCUCAAAGUAUUUCCGCGAAAAUGAAUAAGUCGGAGCCAGACAUCAUAUUGCCUGGCUGGCUCUUAGAUGGAGGCUCACGAGAACCCGCAGCCUUCCGACAGAUUUCAAGAUAUCUACGAUCACAUGGAGAUCAAAAAAACUGUCUUCUCGACAAGUGGACUACAACAGCUAUCAAAGCUGUAGGCGGUGAAGACUGUAACAAACUACUCAUCAUGAUAUUACUUCAACCCGGUAGACAUGUCAAAUUGACUCUGGCAGGUGCGCUGGACAUCAUGUCUUGGAUCUCGCUAGAGGCUUUGGAUCGUCUUCGUUUUCUCGUCUCUAUCCCUUUGUCUCAAUCUGUGCAGAUGCACGCCAGCAUUAAAAACUAUCAUCAUGGAGCAGAAAUUUUCACGAACAUCAUGGGACAUUUCAAAGAACCUAUGAAUGACGUAAUGUUCAACAAUUUAUUACGGGGUUGUUUCAGGAAGCUGAGUCUCUGGGAGAUGGUACCCGGCGAUACGAGACCUCAGAAGUCCACAAGUGGAAGCCGUUGGGAACAAAUUACCGAGAUGCUACUUUCCAAAUAUCACGAUCACAAUGUUCUGACGGGGACUAUCAUUGUGGCAUAUGAGAUUGGGACAGUAACAUUUCCAUUCAUGAGUCGGCUUAUUUCACAAUGCCACCACGUCGAUACAGCCGUGCUUAAUUUUGCCACUUCUCGAAGGGAUGAUGCGCCUGAUAUACGUAGCGAUAUGCUCGCGAGGUGGCCUAGAUUAGCUCAUAGUAAUGAGCAAAUAUUCAAGAUUCUGGGGCCGAUAUUGUUACAGCAACAUAUACUUUUCCUGGGGGAGAGCCCGAUACAGCCAAGAGAGAGUCCAGAGUUCGCAAUAAUAAAAGAUACGACGAUCGAUCCUGGGUUGUUCAUCAAUCUAGCGAAUUGCGGACCAAAGGCACCGCAUUUGCUUCGUGAAGCUGGAGUCCGGAUAGGAACAAGCGAAUUGGCCGCAUACUUUGCCCUGUCUAUGUUCUCAAGAAAAGAGUGUGAGGCGCAUCUGAGCAUGAACCUUCCAAAUAUUGAUGAGAUGACCCUAAUCGCCGCGAUGGAAAGGAGUCAGUCCUCGGAAACAUCCUACCAGAAAAGAUACAGGGGCACUAGUACCUCCAAUGAUUCCUGGAACUGGACUUCGCGAAAAACUGUGACAAAAAAGGACCCAUUCAAAUCCAGGAUGGUCAGAUUGAUUGUGAACUCAAUCGUACCGACAUUUUUGACAGAAAGAACUUUGCAAACGGCAGCGCAAAAUCUAUCUUCGUCGUCCUUUAGACAUGUGUUAUCAAAGCAUUCAGAUGAUAGCAUUACCCCCACAAUAUUCAUCGCCACAUUACGUUCAAAUGGACCUGUGGUUUCGAAGAUAAAGUCUCUAUUAGGAAGAUUAGGAACCCUUCCUAUUAAAACCCCGUCCAAUUUCUGGGAGGCACUUAUCGCAACUAAUCAUUACAGCCUUCCUCGGGUUUUGAAUCUCAUAAGGAAGCCUCUUGCAAUGCGUACCACAAAUUCUAUUUUGGUCGCGGCGAGCAGGACGAGUAAAGCUUCAAAUAUAGUACGUCUGUUGCUUUCAGACCCGGGUUUCACCAUCACUGCGCACACAUUCGCUGCACUGCUGAAGGAGAGCUGGAAGACUGAAAAGGUAUUUGCCUAUAUUUUAAGAAAAGCGAGGAAUGUGCAGGUAGACAGCUCUCUGGUGGUGGAAAGCUUGACCGUUUCAUCUAAUCUGAAGACUUUACUGUGGAAGCAUGGUGCUCCAUGGAAAUUAUUCAUUGGGGAGUCUUUGUUCUUCAGUUGGUGGACCAACACAGCCAACAGACAUCUUUGCCGUCUCGAUGCGCUGUACUAUCUCCGUGAUUCAGGAGUACAAUUCGAACUGAGCGAGCUGGUUAUCGAAUGCUUGCUGCAGGAAUUUGAGUUGUCAGAGCUUUUAGCACUUUUUCAAGACCGUUGGUCUGUUGAACCGAAGGCGCUCUACCAUGCUAUUGGGGCUGCGAGGGCAUCUUAUGUUGCGCGGUACACCUAUGACCUCGGUACGAUACGAAACGAUAGCCUUGAAGACGUAUUAGAUAUCCUGUUGAAGACAGGUCCUCCCAGGCUCGACGUCACAAUACUGAAAGUCUUCGGGCCUCGAGUUCCAGGUUAUUCCGAUGAUACGCCCGACAAUUUUCCGAAGAUCUACGAAAUAAUUGUAGAUAUCCUAGUCCGUGGAGAACUCGAAAAAUUUACGACAAUCAUGACGCGGUUACCAGAAACGCAUUUGCCUCCAGCUGUUAUUGAUUGGUUGGUCGCAUCUGUUGUGAAAGGAAAAUAUCAGAGGAAUCGGCUGUUGGAUGAGCCCAAAACACACACAUUAACAGACCACGAAAUUUUUCGCCAAGUUGCAUUGUAUUCCAACAAUCUAUUACUAAGCGAUUCCUUUUUUGACGUUCUCCAUCAUAUCCAGCCAAACAUUCUCGCAGCCGAAGACGGUAUACUGAAAGCCUGGAUGGCACUCCUAUCCUCGCCAUUCGAGGUUGAGUGGAAAUCAAGCUCACUUGCUGCAAUAUUCUCAUAUUUCCCACCGGCUAUUGUUAUUCCCGUCAUGGAAAAGAUUGACUUCGACCCAUGCAACGAAGUGGUCAUCGCCGCUGCUGGAAGUAGCCAUGCGAUGAUGAAGUUGGAGUUGAUCUUCCUUCAUAAUCGGGAGGUAGAAAUUUCUCUUGCAGCAAUCGAAGCAUCGAUACAAUCGUGCAAUUUGGAUGCACUAGAUUUUCUGUGGGCGCGGUCGGGCCAACUCCAAAUAACUGAUGAACUGUUCCGCAAGGCAGUGAUGGCCCAAGAACCCGAUGAUUGGGGCGUAAUGCGCGAUACAUAUCGGCAAGAUUCUAUCAUAUCUUUCUUGAUUCUAGCGGCGCCAGAUGUCAAACCAAGCCAGCAGACAUUGGAACUAGCAAUCCUACAUUUAGAUGCGCAUCUUGCCAAACUCUUGCUGCGCCAUCCACUAAUCGAAGCCUUGGAGACCUCUUUUGUUUCUGCAAUGCUGGAGAAAGGAUGGACGGCGCAUAGUAUCUUCGACGAACUCAAUCGCUUUCCGACAGGACUGGAUCUUCUCGACGAUGUACAGAUCCACGAAAGAUUGAUGCAUACGGAGGAUGGUCGGACUCUCCUGCGCUGUUACAAUUCAGGAACACGGAAAUGCGAAGAGCUUUUGCGGAAUUACUGGUUUCAUGCAUUGGAUAAACCAGAUAGCUACUCUUCCUAUUGCUUUCUUUAUGACUACUUAGACAAGGCAGCCGAGAUGCACCUGGACGAUGAAACGAUAGCUCUCUUCUGGAAUAAAAAUUCAGAAUCCCUAUAUGAAAGAGCUUUGUUCCACGCGGUCGAACGAGGUGCCACUGGCCGAAUAGGGGUUGCGACAUUUAAUAAACUUUGUUCCGCCAUUAAAAAUCGCGUCAUCUUCAAAUUACCGGCACUCCCGAUCGAUAUCACAUACAACCUGAUAUGCGAUGCCUCUGUAAGUUUCAAUCGCGUGGCGUUGGAUUGCAUCUUAGGGCCAGAUCAUGAGCCUAUAAUCCAUGAAGAUGCACUCGAAGCAUGUGCGCAGUUCGGAGAAGAGGUUUGGUUCUUUAGACUGCUAGAAAUUGCACGCCAACAGUCCCUUGUCAUCACUAACAAGGAUAUCUUGAUUGAAGCUGCGGGAAUGCAGUCGUGCAAGUCGAUCCGAGAAGUAUGCAAACUCUUGAACGAGGGUGAGCCGAUUAGUUUUCAAGGCACCAUCCCGAGGAAAUCUGUUCCGCAGAUAAGAAAAGAAAUUCUUCACAGAGAGCAUUAUUUUGCCCGGCAGAGACUAAGGAAUGGGCGGCCACGUGUACCACGGAUAUUUCGACGAGGCUUCGACAGAUAUACAUGUCGGCUGAAGCGCAGGAGCUACGAUGAUAUGAGGAUACCAACCGCAAGACACGUCCGAUUUCGUAUUUGUCGCCAGCCGCCCCCACACGUCUUGGCAACAGAGACAGAAGGGGUUCAGUAUGAUGAUCUCUCUGGUAGGAAAACUAAAUCUACCCGCAAGUUCCAAUCUCACCUAGAAGAAGACGAGGAAGACGGAGAAGAUGACGACGAAGACGAUGGCGAGGAAGAGGAUGACGACAAAGAGGAUGGCAAAAAGGUUAAUUGGAUGUGGGCUCACAUCAUUAACAGGGGCCCGCCAGAUUGA